AUGACAUUGGCAAGAACCUGGCCAAAGUCUUCACCGCGUCGUCAAAGAGCCCUAAUAGCCUCAAUCACUCUCAUUGUUCUGUCUUUUCUUUUCUUUGCCAACAACGCCAUACAAACCUUUCCUGCGGUGACCAUUUCGUUGGAGAAUGCGCAUGAUCCCCUUGUCCUCGAGGAUGCCACGCCGCCUGCGGCUGCUGACUCCCGUAAUGCAUCGCGCAUACUGCUCGUAUCAGCCAUGUUCCCGCUACCGAAAUCAAAGCACUCGCACGAAGAAUACGAAUAUUGGCUCACCCAGUUCCUUCAGCGUAUCACGACCGAUGUCUACUUCUUCACCACGCCCGAUUUUGCACCUGUCGUCCGUCGAUCCCGCCCGGAUGGCUUGACUAUCACAAUCGAUACCUCAUACGCAUCGCCAUUCGAUGUUUCACCUCUGAAGGGCUUGGAAGAUGACUAUGCCAAGAUGCACAAUCAAGACCGGGAGAAAAAAAUUCACUCGCCGGCGUUGUACGCCGUGUGGAAUGCCAAACCGUUUUUGUUGAACGCCGCUGUUAAGAUUCUGGCUGGUAAAGGGCGAGUAUAUGAUUAUGCAUUUUGGAAUGAUGCUGGCAGUUUCAGGCGCGAACACAGGUAUCAAAAUUGGCCAGAUGUCAGGAGGGUAGAGCAGAUAUGGCACAAAGGUUCGGAAAUCACUGGGACGAAUGCCAACGAUCUUCUCUUCUUUCCGCUGACCGGUUUACCCGCAACAAGGAUGAGUAGGUGGAAGGAAGAUAUGGGACCCAUCGACAAUGAAGUCAGCGAAGGGUCUUUCUUCGGAGGAUCUCCACAAGCCAUCUCAUGGUGGUCCCGCACCUACUACGCCUAUCAUAACCAUUAUCUGUCUCUCGGGAAAUUCGUAGGCAAAGACCAGACUCUCAUCAACGCCCUUUUCCUCCUCUUUCCUUCGCGCAUUAUCACAGUCUGGUAUCGUGACCCCCUCUCCGCCGCUCAUGCCGGCGUCAUUCCUUUCUUUGACGAGGGCUUCCUUGGCGCGUGCAGCUCCGAGUGGUGGUACUACCAGUUCUGGCUGGCAGAUCGCUCUGCUCGCGAGCAAAUGCGGGAUAUAUGGGUUAGUUGGAGUAAAUGGGCUGGAUGGGAGUGGUAUAAAGAGCGUCAGAGAUGUAGGCUGACUGGUGUUGAGUCUAUGCAAGAUCUCCUGGAGAGACAGUUUGGGAAAACUUGGGUCUCGCCGAGUAAAGCGGUCGUGGUUGCAAAUGCAGAUUAA